UGCCAGCAGCACAGACGGAGUGUCAGUAGCGGCGACAGACCGUCGAUCUGAUUUCAAGUGUCCUUGGUGAACGCCCGUGCAUUUUCGGACCGCGACUUCUGUAAUAGGACGCGAUAACUGUAUGGCAUGCAAUGAGGGUGAAAUACAUCGCGUAGAACGCGCGUAGCACGCACUGGACAUUACAGGGCUGGAGGAACAGUCAGUUCCGCUGUCUUUACCCGUGCAUGAUGAACUCAGCGCUUCUAGUGUGGUCGGUGCUCUUGGUGCUACAGUGGGAUGCAGCAUUGUGCGCCACCAUCCCAGCCUGUCCAGAUGUUCCCGAAGUAGGGAAUGCGACGUACGUGGAACUAGAAAGAGACAAUCUGCCACUGUACAUGCGUGUGCGGUAUAUCUGCGACGAAGGUUACUACUUAGAAGGCUCACAUGAAAUCGAGUGCGUAGAUGCUGAACAGGGUCACAAGUGGCAUCCAGAGCCUCCAGCAUGCCAUGAUUUCCAAGACUGUGAGGAUAUCGGGAACAUCCCAAAUGGUUACGUGGACGGAGAUGACUGCUGCAAGCCGGGCGACAAACUGAGAUUCACGUGCAAAGAUGACGUCACACACCAGUUUGUCGGCGCAAGCGAACUGACUUGCUUGAACAAUGGUUCCUGGGAUCAUCCUGAGCCAAUGUGCAUCAGUCGCAGCUGCGGGCCUCCCAAAAUUCCACUGCACGGUGACGUAGAUUAUUACAAGGAUGGUGCCUUCUACUACGAUGACUGGUACGAGCCUGGCGUUGAAGCACGCUUCAUCUGCGAUGAAGAGUAUGAUCUCGUCGGGCAACGGAGUAUAACUUGCCAGAACCAUGAAUGGUCAGCUCCGACGCCGCGUUGCAAACCCAAGGCAGUGAAAGUGUGCGAAGACCUGGUCGUGCCAAACUCUGUGGUGACAGCAGUCAAUGGUGAUCAAAAGGAAGCAGUCGAAGGGGACGGAGAGUAUUUCUUGCCAGAUGACAAAGUGUUUGUGUAUUGCAAUCAUGGUUAUCGAAUUAACGGGACAGACUACCUGGUAUGCAACAACGAUGGUACUUGGAGUGACACCAUACCUUCGUGUGUUGAGUACAACUGUACCCUGGUGGACUUAGGCCCGCAUAUCAUCGUGGAAGAGUUUGCGAACAGCAACGUCACAGAAUUCCCCGUCGGCAGCCGAAUCUACCUGAAGUGCGAAGAGGGUUACAUGCUCGAGGGUGCAUCCAGUUUGGUCUGCGCAGGAGGAGGAUGGUCUAGGAAGCCCAAGUGCCUGAGGAUCCACUGUGGCCGCCCAUCUGCACCAGAGUUCGGUUGGAUGAGCAUCGACACCUCGUUCAUAGGAGACGUAGCUUCAUUCGGCUGCCUACCAGGGUAUAAGCUGAUAGGUGACGAGAACCGCUUUUGCCUCGCCAACGGCGCAUGGAGUGGAUCUGUGGCACGUUGUGUCUCGGAAGUUUUAUCCCACAUGUCUACAUGGCGAAAACCACUGGGGCGAGUGGCUCAUCGCGGUUGCGAGAAUCCUGGUAUACCAGACAACUGCGUGAAGACUGGAAGCUCUUACGAAUCUGGAGCCAAUGUGAACUUCUUCUGCAACCCGGGUUAUAGCCUUCGAGGAGAGGAAUCCAUCUCUUGCGACAACCGAGGGUUCUGGUCGCAUCCUCUACCAACUUGCAUAGGGAAGUUCUACUAUGACAUGCCAUUGCAGGCGAAGGAAAGGCUGAUGAAGCCACUGACAGUCAUUAAAAGUAUGUCGGAUGCCUUGAAUGCUCCAGUUGAAGAGAACAGGGCAAGGGCGCUGAACCUGAACGUAUCAGGCGUUCGCCAUGUGGUCUAUUUCGUUAUCGACGCUUCCUCCAGCAUGGGCGAAAUCGACUUCAGGAAAGGCGUUGCCUUGGCAAGAGCCAUAAUUAUGAAGAUCAAUGUUACAGAGCGGGGCCAUCGCGUUGGCGUAAUAACGUUCAGCAACAACGCCACGCGCGUCGUCAGGCCCCAUGCAGACCACUCAAUGGAUCUCGUCCUUGAACGGCUUCGUAACGUAACGUAUAUCGGAGGAGGGACCGCUUUGACGAAAGCGUUGGAAGCAGUCCGGACAGAUUAUGAUGGCAUCAGGAGUCGUGGCGCAUCGGAUCCAACGAAAUUGAGACUGAGCAUCUUCCUGAUAAGCGACGGAAAGGCCAACUUGGGAGGCAGCCCCAAGCAAAUUAUCACGCUACUGAGGAAAGGUAUAUACAAUGCAGAAGUAUACGGCAUAGGAGUGACCACCAGUCCGGACCGAAAAGCUCUAAAGGAAUUAGUGUCCACUCCCAUAAAGGACCAUCUGUUCAUCCUCCGGGACUACGACAGCAUUAAGUGGCUAGCAGAGAUUCUCACCAACGGAACCAUCGAUUAUUCGGUGUGUGGCAGUACCCAGAGGCACAAUAUUGACACCGGCAAGGAAGAUAAAGCCGAAGCGAGAAUCGCAGGUGGUGAAAAUGUCGAGACAGCCUGGCCUUGGAUGGUGGAGGUCAAGAAUUCAGGUGGUCUGUGCGGCGGCUCCAUCAUUUCACGAACAUGGAUCUUAACCGCUGCGCACUGCGUUUGCAAAGGAGAACCGAACGAGACUCUCAGAACAGAGGACAUUCAGAUUCGACUAGGAUUGACGGACACAAGAAACACAUCGUUGGCAAAAGAUAUUCUGAUAAAAAGAAUAAUACCACACGAAGCUUACAACGCAACUACACUCGAGAACGACAUCGCCCUACUUGAACUGCAGAGCAACAUGACUUAUAAUGCGUACAUUCGACCCAUUUGCCUCCCACCUGAGAAACUUCGGAACAACAGUGAUUUCUACCGUGCGAAUAAGCAUGCAUUUGUUAUUGGCUGGGGAACAUUGGACACUGUGGGAAAAUUACAGCAAGUGAAGGUCAGCAUCCACGACGACGCGAAUUGUACCCGUGCACAUAACAAGCACCCAUUUACGGACGGCAUGAUGUGCGCUGGUGGCUAUGGAGAAGGUGAUUCCUGCAAGGGUGACAGUGGUGGACCACUGAUGCAAGGUGUCGCCAGAGACGAAUAUAUCUGGACCCAAGUGGGGAUUGUGAGCUGGGGCCACGGUAAUACAUGCGACAAAAGAGGCAAACCCGGCGUCUACACCAAAGUGUCGAAAUACAGGCGAUGGAUAGAUCAAUACGUGUCAGACGCACAAGAAAGUCCAUAACUGUUAUACCUACAAGACCCAGCCAACGACAGUGUAGCCGUGUAUACCUAUGGGAACCGGUGCAUCUGGUACCCUUCCUGUACUAUGUUAUACUUAUUUCAUGAAUGUAACGCGUGCUCAACGCCUGCUAUGUUCACUGGCAUGUCUGCAGUCGAACGAACGUGUCCAUGUAUACACUCUUCCCCUCGACAUCGUUUGUUCCCCAUACUGUGCCGGUAAACUGUACAAUAUC